CAAGACAGAGGAAGGUACUUGCUUCAAUCUAAACAAACAUCGCUUUAUAGUAGAAAAAGGUUAGUUGUACAGUAAGUCAAUUUUACAAAAAGUAAAAACUAAAAGUGUUGGAAGCAAUGAUAGAGACUGUGGGAAACCAGUAUGUGGUAUCCAGGCCAAUAUAUUCAGAAAAUGCCUUCCAUACUGAGCAUGAAAAAUUGCACAGAUAUCAUAAAACAUUUCUGGACCAUCUUCGAGUUUUCUUUGGAUGUUCUCGAGAGAAGGCCAAGAGAAUUGCCUACACAUUCUUCCCUAUUGCUUCCUGGCUUCCAAUGUAUCGAUUUAAAGAAUGGAUUCUGAGUGAUAUUGUUUCUGGCAUCAGUACUGGUCUGGUAGCAGUCCUACAGGGCCUGGCAUUUGCUCUUCUGGUGAACGUUACUCCUGGGUAUGGUCUCUAUGCAGCUUUCUUUCCAGUUAUCACCUAUUUUUUCUUUGGCACAUCCAGGCAUAUAUCUGUGGGUCCCUUUCCAGUACUGAGUUUAAUGGUUGGUACAGCAGUACUCAGGUUGGCUCCCGAUGAUCCAUCUAUUAGUGCUAAUAAUACAGAAGCUUUAACAAUGCUGAAUGAAAAACGGGUUGUUGUGGCUGCAUCUGUCACAGUGCUUGCUGGAAUCUUCCAGUUGGCUAUGGGACUACUGCAAAUUGGAUUCAUAGUGAUUUAUUUAUCUGACUCCCUUAUAAGUGGCUUUACAACUGCUGCUGCUAUACAUGUUUUGGUAUCACAAUUAAAGUUUGUGUUUGGAUUAAAAGUAGAGCCAUUUAGCGGACCACUGUCCCUGUUUUAUACUUUGAAAGGCAUAUUUAUCCAGAUUACAGACACAAACAUUGCAGAUCUUGUAACCUCCAUAAUCAUAAUGGUUGUAGUCUUUGUUGUAAAAGAAAUCAAUGACCGUUUCAAAGCAAAGAUUCCUGUACCGAUCCCAAUUGAAGUUAUUAUGACAGUUAUUGCUACUGGUGUAUCCUAUGCACUUAACUUCAAGGACAGAUAUAAAGUGGAUAUAGUUGGAACAUUAGAAAAAGGAUUUCAGCCUCCAAUAGCACCGAGCCUCUCCGUUUUCCAGGAUUGUGUAGGGGAUGGUUUCUCAAUUGCAAUUGUGGGAUUUGCUGUAGCCUUUUCUGUUGCAAAAGUAUAUUCUGUCAAACAUGACUAUGUUAUAAAUGGAAAUCAGGAAUUAGUGGCAUUUGGAUUAAGCAACAUAUUUGGUGGUUGUUUCAAGGGAUUUGCAGCAAGUACCGCUCUGUCAAGGUCCGCUGUGCAGGAAAGCACAGGAGGCAAAACACAGAUUGCCGGUAUUUUAUCAGCUAUAAUCGUUAUGAUUGUCAUCUUGGCAAUAGGAUUUCUUAUUGAACCACUACAAAAGUCUGUACUAGGAGCCUUGGUGAUUAUCAAUCUGAAAGGAAUGCUCAUGCAGUUUAAUGAACUUCCUGUUUUAUUCCGGAAAGAUAAAUAUGAUAUGUUAGUAUGGAUUGUGACCUUCUUAGGUGCUGUUCUGCUUGGACUUGACCUUGGACUCGCAGCAGGAGUGGGCUUUGAGUUGCUGACCGUUGUAUUCCGUGCCCAGUUCCCAAAAUGUUCUCAGAUUGCUAAUGUUGGAGGAAGUAACAUUUACAAGAACAGGAAAGAUUAUAAAAAUAUAUAUGAGCCUCAGGGAGUGAAGAUUUUCAGAUGCCCAUCACCAGUAUUCUUUGCCAAUAUUGAGUUUUUUAAAGACAAAGUUAUAGCUGCUGUUGGCUUUAACCCGCUGAGGAUCCUACGUAAGCGCAAUAAGGCACUGAGAAAAAUCAGGAAGCUCCUAAGUAAAGGAGAACUUCAGUGGACACCAAAAGGUAUGAUCAAUACUUCAAACUACAACAUCGAUUCUGAUGAAGAACUAGAUAAUAACCACAUAGAAGAGCUGGACCAACCUACCUACACUGCUGAUCUUCCCAUUACAAUAAACUGGAAUGAAGAUCUACCAAAUAAUAUCAGUGUUCCGAAAAUCGACAUUCAUAGCUUGAUUCUUGAUUUUGGAGCUGUGUCUUUCAUUGAUAUGUCUGGAAUGAAAGGCUUAAAAGGGGCUUUAAAAGAAUUUCUCAAAAUUGAAGUUGAUAUUUACAUUGCUGGCAUAGAUGAUAACCUACUGGAAAAGCUUGAGCGAUGUGGAUUUUUUGAUGAUGAAAUUACAACCUCAAUAAUCUUCCUCAGCAUUCAUGAUGCUGUGUUACAUAUACUUGCUAAAAAGGACAAUAUGGCCAACCUUAACAAUUUCAAGGAGAAGGAAACACGAUUCUUUGCAAAUGAAUACACAAAUCUGGGCAUCAGUUCCAAGGAUUUUGCUCAACAGGAAAAAGAAUCGUUUGCAAACGACAAGAAUAAUGGUCUUCGAAAUAGAGCAAAUUCUGAAACAGUCUCCUCUGCACUUUAAUCAUGAGAAGUGAAGAAUAAAAUGGCCUGAUUAUUUCACAAGAAGUUCAAAAUAUGUCAUGCUUAAAUGGCACAAGUCAAUAUACAAUCGCCUAUUUCCACAAGUAUAAAGAUAUGAAUAUGCCGAUUUUGUUGAUAUUAUUCCCAAUAUUACUUGGAAGGGUUGAACUUGAUGGACUCUGGUCUUUUUUUAACCCUAUGUAACUAUGUAAUGCUACAAUGGUUCAGAGACCUUUUUAACUGUUGGAACACAGUAUACAUUGCAUUUUAAACAAUCACUAAUCACUAAAAAAUAUUAGAUGUAACAUGAUCUGAUAUUGGGGCAUCAUGAGCACUAUAAUAAUGAAGAAACUAUAUAGCUAAAGCAACAUUCACUUUGUCGUGGGAAUGAGAAACUCUAAUUUGCUGUUAUAAAUUGUAAAUCGCAUGACAUGAAAUUGUUUGUAGUGUGUCUUCUGCAGUUUGUUAUGCACACACACCAUGUUCCUAGGACUUCAAGAAAUGUAUAAACAAUUAUAUGUGUAUGUUACAUAAGCUAUGUUACCUACUGUCGUAUCAUAAGUAAUACACAAUUAUUAUUACUUUUUUAAUGUUUAUCCUUCUGGAUACAAAUUUAUAGGGGUGUACCACCAUUGGCUAUGUCAUAACUGCCUCUGGCAUAGAAAUAUAUAUAUAUAUUUUCAUAUUAGUGAGAAUUAAAAUAGAAUUGUAUAUUAUAUAAAUUUUUUAAGUAAAACAUACAAACAUACAGUGUUAAUAUGUAAAUAGGCAUUUUUCUCAAUAUUUAAAAGCUAGAGCAAUUGUGUAUAAUUAAUUCAUAAAAAUAUGACUUGUAUAAUUAAUUUUAGUUUUUUUUUUCAAUGAUCAUAAUGCCAUCAAAUACAGAAAUAGAAUGAAACAAUUAAAGGGGGUAUGAGAAAAACAAUAACAAAAUACAUGAAUAUUAAUGUUAUUAGGAAUGGGAUAAAAUUAUACCUUUUAACACCAAAGCACCAAUUGAAAGAAAAGAAUACCGUAUGCUGCAACACUGAAGCAAUGUACCUACCAAUGCAGCAUCUUAGCUGAGCUUUGUUCUAUAGAUAGGAUGAGGUUAGAAUGUUGGGGAAAGCUUUGUACUCAAAAAAAUAUUGUAGAUAUUUAUUUGUGAUAGUUUUAUAUAAAGUUUAUACAUAAAAAAACUAUUUUUGUCUUA